UCGGCUGAUCGGCUGUCACCAAGCUGUCACGCACGCCGUGAAAUUUAACAAACAGAUACAGAAAUGUUUUCUGAGAAAACUGGUUGUGUUGUGUGUUAUCUUAUUGUGGAAUGAAGUUAGAUUAAAUUAAAUUAUGCCGGAAGAUAAGAAAAAUAAACAAAAAGGAAAGAACGAUGCGAAAGAACAGAGAAAACCUCGUCAGGGUCGGCAGAGAUCUGGUGCUGCAAACUCGGCUGGCCCUCCUCCUGCGGAAAAGACUGAAGAAUCAAAAGUUACAGUGCCCCAGAAACCUAUGCAUGAGCAGCCUGGACCUGAUUUCUAUAAAAACUUAAAGAGGGAAACUGAUGAAAUACUGAAGAUCACGGAGGAAGCCAACUCCAAAUACAAGAAGAAAGAGAUUCAGAGCAACUGGAGCAAGUAUGAGAUGCCUAUUGUGAGCUAUGAAGCUAUUGACGAACAGGAGAGUAUGGGUGCCGACUAUGAGCAAUUAAUCCAAAUGCCGUUGUCAGCUGGUGGACAUUUCCAAUUUAAACACGAAAAAUCGUGGGACGCCAUCACCGGCCCAUCUCCUUAUGACAAGUACUUUGAAAUUAAUAUGAAUAACCUCGCUAAUGCACUGUGCACAAUACCUUUCUAUGAAAGGAAUAACAUUGAAAAGGGAAUCUUUCGUGAAACUGACAUACUAACUAUGGAUAACAGAUCUGUGAAAUAUAAACAGAAAUAUUUUAAUGAUAAAUCGUACACAACCCCAGAAUUAGAGGCGAAAGAUAAAAUACUUAACAAUUUCAAAGAGGCAUUUAGUGCAACUGAAAAGGCUGACACAAAUAAUGGAAAUGUCCACUUUAUAGAAGAACCAGACAAUAAAGCUGAAGAAACCCCUGGAGCUCUUUCUGUAAAAAACAAUGAGCAAAUUAAAUUAUCCAUAGGAAAUGAAAAAAUUGAAAAUAUGAGUAGUAAUGAAAUCAUAAAUGUCGUAAAUAUUAGUCAAACACAGGAAGUCAGAGAAGUAAUAGAUGAAAUUGAUGAUCUCUUACUGGACGAUGAAGUUGGUGGCCCGUCGAUUCUGACUGAAGAGAAGACUGCUUCUAGUAAUAACAUUCUAAACACUGAAGAAUCUGUUGGUUCCACAGAAAAAGUAAAAGAAAUCAACGCCACAUCAAAAUCAGAUGAAUCGAAAAAACCGGCGAUUGAAUCUCCAGAGGACCUCGAAAAAUGGUUGGACGACUUUCUAGACGGUUGAUGUAUGGUGAGAAAUAAAACAAAAUUCCCAUUUAAAAGCAAUUUAUUCAUUAAAAGUUACGGCACCUACAAUGUUUAUAAUAAGUUUUGUUAUAUAUAUGUACAAGAUUUUUAAUACAGUUUCUGUUACAC